UUGCAAAGAAGUGCCCAGGGCGGUUUCAACGCCAGCCAAGCGAAUCUGGGACGCGCCGGGCCGUGUGCGCUUCCCGGCGCUCGUGCAGCAGUGGUACCGCGACUGCGACGCGGUGCUCCUGCUGUUCGACGUGUGCGGGAGCGCGUCCUUCCAGGGCGUCCCCGCGUGGCUGGACGAGGUGGAGCGGUACGUCCCGGAGGGCACCCCCGUCUGCCUCGUGGGCAGCAAGGUCGACGCGGCGGAGAGCAGGGUGGUGUCCUCCAGCGAGGCGCUGGCGCUGGCCGAGGCCCGCGGCGCGCGCUACCACGAGGCGUCGGCCAAGACGGGGGCGGGCGUCCAGCAGCCCUUCCACGCCGCCGUGGAGGCGCUGCUGGACCGGGCCGAGCGCCUGCCGCCCGAGCCGCCCGCGCCGGCCCGCGCGUGGUCGCGCUGCGCCGUCGCCUAGGCUUCGCGCGGCCUUCGCGGCGCCCCUCGCGCGGGUCUUUUUCUUCCUGGGCGCGAGGCGCCGAGCCCCGGGAAUUGGAGGGGGGCGCCUUCGGCUGGGCUCCCCUCCGCCGCCAAGCAGCGCAGCGCAGCGGAGGGCCCGGCGAGCUGCGCCGCAGGGUGCCUGCGCGGCCAGGGCCGUGCCCCCCAGCGGCUGGUCGCCGGUGCGCCCCGUGCGCCCAGAGGGCGGCGGCGCGGCGGGGGCAGGCGAGGACCGCACCUGCCUCCUCCAUGCUCGACGAGGCCGUGGCCAGUUCUUGUGAGCCCGGGUGGGCCGAGCUGGAACUCUGGAGCGCUGCCGCGCGCGUGGGAUCCGUGGACGCCUCCCGCGCGGGCAGACGCCCUUCACCCGGGCUCAUCGACGCUGCCCUCGCCGUGGCGAGCGGGAGGUCGGGUGGCCAGACACGGCUGUGCUCUCGCACGUCGGCUUCGUCAUGUCGGUGAUGUCCAAGGGUCAGUUCCAACUGUGAGCUCGGGCUGUUCUGUUCUGACGGGGGAGCCAUCGCUACGAUACCGCUGAGAGUAAGACGCGGCUUCGUUUAGGAGUUUAGGAGUGAAAGAGAGAGAGAGAGAGAGAGAGCGAGCGCUGCUCCGACUCGAGGCGUUGGUGCGGGCGCUUCGACAGCAGCCGUGCCUGCGACAGACCCCCUAACGAGCCAUUGUCGCAAGGCGUGCCCGCGCGAACCCGCACUCGGUUGACCUCGCACUUGAACCGAAUCUCUUCACCCUUGAGAAAUAGGGGUUCGUGAUUUACUCGCUGCGCAGAGGCGGGACCGCGGGGUCCUUCACGAGAAUUUGUCACCUCUUUGGGCGACGGGUCUGAACUGAGACGGCUUGGCUGUACGCCAUUACACUAGCGGCUGACGGUG